AUUCUAAGAUAUUUUUUAUUUGUUUACUUUUAAGUCUUACGCUUUAGUCUAUCAAAAGCAAAUAUUGAAAAUUGAGGAGAGAUAUGCUAUGUUCAAGCUUGACAUUCUCCCCCGCGCCUUUCUUCUUUGUCUCUGUCUUCUCUCAUUCCAUUCCUGAUGCACUGACCAACCCUUAAACUCCACCAAUCUUGAAUUCACCCUACAAACUAGAGCAAGAAAUCUUGCUCAGUAAACAAAUAUGUUUAGCAAAGCUCAAUGCUUUGAUAUUAGCUCUUUUUUCCAGUCCCCAUGUCAUUUACAACAUACUUCCUUCACCAUCAAAUUUUCUGUUUCUCCACUUGAAACUUAUGAUUCUUCCAAAAAACUCAAAGAUUCUAACUUUCCUGAAAUACCCAAUAAAGGUUUCAAGAAAUUUAGAAGAUUUGAGAAGCAGAAUAUAAACCCAAGUGUUGUAGUUGAUACCAAUAAACAAAGUAGUUUCAGUCAAAACCCACUUGGGUCUGUUAUUGAAUUCAAUAAAUUACAAUCUGGGAAGAAUUUGGAUCAACAUAGUAAAAAUGGCGUGCUAGAAUCAGAAUCUGGGAGAAAAAAUUUUCCUACAAAAAAGUUGCACACCAAGUGUUCGACGAAAUGGGCCUCUUAUGGUGGAUGUAUUCCUUCCAUAUUGCAGGCGUUAGAGAAUACAACUGACUUAGACGAGGCUUUUCGACCAUGGGAGGAGAGACUUAGCAACAAAGAGAGGAGUAUAAUUUUGAAGGAGCAAUUGACUUGGGAGAGAGCUAUGGAGAUUUUUGAGUGGUUUAAGAAGAAGGGUUGUUAUGAAUUGAAUGUGAUUCAUUAUAAUAUCAUGCUUAGGAUUCUAGGAAAAGCAAAAAAAUGGAGUGAAGUAGAAAAAUUGUGGAAUGAGAUGAAGAUGAGGAGGAUUGCACCAAUUAAUUCUACUUAUGGUACUCUUAUUGAUGUUUAUAGCAAAGGUGGUCUUAGAGAGGAGGCUUUGAUUUGGCUUAGAAGAAUGAAUAAACAAGGGAUGGACCCUGAUGAGGUUACUAUGGGAAUUGUUGUCCAAAUGUACAAGAAAGCCGGUGAGUUUGGGAAAGCAGAAGAGUUCUUUAAAAUGUGGUCUUCGGGCAAAUCGAUCAAAGGGAAGCAUACACUUGACGUAUAUAGAGCUAGUGCCAUGAAAGUGAAUUCCAACACCCCACUUAGUUUGAGCUUGUAUACAUACAAUACACUAAUUGACACCUAUGGGAAGUCUGGAAGAAUUGAAGAAAUGUCGCAAACUUUCGAAAAGAUGCUAGAAGAUGGAGUUAUUCCUGAUACGAUAACCUUCAAUACGAUGAUGCACAUUUAUGGCAGUAUUGGCAGGCUAGAUGAGGUCAGCAGAUUGGUGCAAAAGAUGGAUGAGCUCAACCGUGCUUUUGAUACAAGGACAUAUAACAUUUUGAUAUCUUUGUAUGCUAAGCGCGAUGAUAUCCACCUUGCAUUUAGUUAUUUCACGAAGAUGAAACAGGUGUGUCUUGAACCCGAUCCUGUGAGCUAUCGUACCCUUUUGUAUGCUUUCUCUAUAAGGCAAAUGGUUUUCGAAGCAGAAAUGCUUAUUUCAGAAAUGGAUAAAAAGGGUCUUGAAAUUGAUGAAUUUACGCAGUCUGCCUUGACUAGAAUGUAUAUCGAUGCUGGCAUGCUUGAAGAGUCGUGGUCAUGGUUUGAACGUUUCCACGACAAAGGCAAUAUGACCUCUGAAUGCUAUGCUGCGAACAUUGAUGCAUAUGGAGAUCGUGGGUAUGUCGAUGAAGCUGAGAAAGUGUUUGUUUGUUGCCAAAAGAACAAAAUAGGUGUAUUGGAAUUCAAUGUGAUGAUCAAAGCUUACGGCAUAGGCAAGAAGUACGAUAAAGCAUGCCAGUUGUUUGACAGUAUGGAGAAACUCGGUGUUCUGCCAGAUAGAUGCAGCUAUAUCUCCCUCAUACAAUCACUCGCUGCGGCUGAUUUGCCCCAUGUUGCAAAGCCAUAUCUGUUUAAGAUGCAGCAAGCCGAUCUUGUGAAUGAUUGUGUUCCUUACUGCGCUCUGAUUUCGAGCUUUGCAAAACUUGGUCAGUUGGAAUCGGCCAAAAGCUUGUACAAUGAGAUGAUUGGUUAUAAUGUGCAGCCUGAUGUAGUUCUAUAUGGUGUGCUAAUCAAUACUUCAGCCGAGAAUGGAAAUGUUGCCGAAGCCAUGCACUAUAUCGAUGCUCUGAAAAACGCCGGUCUUUCAUUGAACGAUGUAAUUUGCAACUCCCUGAUCAAACUCUAUACAAAAGUUGGAUACUUGGAAGAAGCAGAAGACACUUACAGACUGCUUCAAUCAUUUGAGAAGGGUGCAGAUGUAUAUUCUUCGAAUUGUAUUAUCGAUUUGUAUAGCAAACGGUGUAUGGUUAGGGAAGCCGAAGAGAUUUUUGAAGAUGUGCGGGUAAGAGGUGAAGCAAAUGAGUUCUCGUACGCAAUGAUGUUGUGCAUGUACAAGAGGACAGGCAGGCUAGAAGAAGCAAUUAGGAUUGCAGAAAAGAUGCAGGAACUAAGACUUUUGACCGAGCUUUUGAGCUAUAAUAGUGUGCUUGGUCUUUUUGCUGUUGUUGGAAGAUUAAAUGAGGUCGUUUCCAUUUUUAAGGAAAUGGUUAGACUCGAGAUAGAACUUGACGAUUCGACUUUUAAGUCACUCGGGUUAGUUCUUGUGAAAUCCGGGGUGCCCAAGAAGGCGGUUGCGAAAUUAGAGGUAGUGAGAAAGAAGGAUUAUAGAAGUGGUCUGCAAGGAUGGAUGUCGGCCUUGACUUCUGUCAUUUGCAAGGAAAAUUAUGGAGACUAUGAAGGUGAUUAAAUUGUUUCGAGAUCAUCUCGAGAUCCCUUCGUUUGUGUGCCCAUCACCAUUGCUGUAAAGAGCGGUGUAUUUGUUGCCAAUCAAGGGACUAAAUUGAUGUAUUUUCUCUUUAUUCCUGUUCUUUUUACAGAAUGCAUUGAAAUGAUUCAAAACUGUACUUGUAAGAGUCAAGAUAAGGAAUAAAAUGUUGCAAAACGGGUAGAUAGUUGUUCAUUAUCAA